AUGGGGGCCUCAGACAGCCAGCUGGACGUUUCCAUAGGUGAACCAGCGCAAGUUUACCUCGACAUGAAUCUAUUGAACGUGAACCCGCUCUCAGGCGCGGAAAGUGAAUUCGGCCUACUUUCUCUGGUACGGCUGAGGUGGCACGACCCGCGGCUCAACCUGACCUUCUUCAAGAAGAACAGCUUCGUGGCGCUGCCCGCCUACCUCGAGGACGCGAUCUGGACUCCACGGCUGGCAUUCCUGGACGCGAGCGAGGUGCAUCUGUUGGCCGCCACAGCUGACGAUGCCUCGCGCAUCACUCGGGUUUCCGAGGACGGCACCAUUGCGGACACUCGCAGGUAUGUGUUCAGAGUGUCUUGUGCCAUAAACUUGGACCUCUAUCCCUUGGACACACAGCGUUGUCCGUUCAGGAUCAAGUUGCGCAGCCGUGUCAACUUUCUUGGUGUGGACGUUACGAUUACUUUUGCGCUUCCCACAGAGGGUCACACGGAAUCCACGGCGCAGCUGCAUUGGAUCAGCGCGUUCAAGACUGGCGAGGAAAACGUGCUCUGGUUGCGCGGUGCGCGCCUACACACCAUCACGCUGAACACGAGCGAGCAGACACUUGAUUCAAUCGCAGGCCGCCAGCGUUACCUGUUGUUGCAGUUCGCGUUCGGCCGCAACCCGUGGCCGCACCUGCUGAGCACCUGGCUACCGUCGGCCAUGUUGGUGCCCGUAGCCUGGGCGCGCCUGUGGUUGCCGGGCGGUGGCCUGUUUUUGCCCUGCGCCGCCCUGGCUGGUCUGACGCUGCACACGACGCAGUUCAAGGCGAUGCUGCAAGGACACGACCUGCUCACCGCCAUGGACGUCUGGCUCCUGCUCUGCCUGGGAUUUGUGCUCGGCGCCUUCUUCGACUACCUGAUCGUCUGCUACGCGAACCAGCGGACGUGGAGCGUGCAGAAACUGGCCGAGGACGCCGCCGCAGACGACUGGAGCCGCUUUUCUGACCAGGUGUACGUGGCCGAUGGUUACCGACUCACGCACGAGGCCGGCACUCAGACACCGCCGGACGUCGGGCUGGACGAGGCGCGACACGAUCGUCGCGCCUGGAUCGUCUUCGUCUUCGGAUUCCCGUUCGUUACAGUCUUCUACUGGGGCUAUUAUCUGGCCGCGUCUCGCUGA